GUAGAGGAGCAGCCUUCUUAUGAGAUCAACCUCUACAUGUACAUAUACUUUGUCAUCUUCAUCAUCUUUGGCUCUUUCUUCACACUGAACCUCUUUAUUGGUGUCAUCAUCGACAAUUUCAACCAACAGAAGAAAAAGUUUGGAGACAAAGACAUCUUCAUGACUGAAGAGCAAAAAAAGUACUACGAUGCCAUGAAGAAACUUGGUUCCAAGAAGCCACAGAAGCCAAUUCCGCGUCCAACGAACCUAAUCCAGGGAAUGGUGUUUGACUUCAUCAGUCAGCAGUUCUUUGACAUCUUCAUCAUGGUGCUCAUCUGCCUCAACAUGGUGACCAUGAUGGUGGAGACGGACAACCAGAGCCCGGAGAAGGAGGACUUCCUCUUUAAAGUAAACGUGGCUUUCAUUGUCGUCUUCACCGGAGAGUGCGUGUUGAAGCUCUUUGCCCUGCGACAAUAUUUCUUCACCAACGGGUGGAACGUUUUUGACUUUGUCGUGGUCAUCUUGUCCAUAGCUGGUACAAUGCUCUCAGACCUGAUCGAGAAGUACUUUGUGUCACCGACUCUGUUCAGAGUGAUCAGACUGGCCAGAAUAGGCAGGAUUCUGCGUCUUAUUAAAGGAGCAAAGGGCAUUCGGACGCUUCUCUUCGCUCUGAUGAUGUCACUUCCUGCCCUGUUCAACAUCGGCCUUCUGCUCUUCCUCAUUAUGUUCAUCUUCUCCAUAUUUGGCAUGUCAAACUUUGCCUACGUCAAAAAGGAGGCCGGAAUUGAUGAUAUAUUUAAUUUCGAGACGUUUGGUGGCAGCAUUAUUUGCCUGUUUGAGAUCACAACGUCAGCAGGCUGGGAUGGGCUUUUACUCCCGAUGCUUAACAAGGAGUAUCCAGACUGCGAUCCGGACUUCGAGAACCCGGGCACGGAUGUAAAGGGGAACUGCGGCAGCCCGGGCAUCAGCAUGAUAUUCUUCUGCGGCUACAUCAUCAUCUCAUUCUUGGUGGUGGUCAACAUGUACAUCGCCAUCAUCUUGGAGAACUUCAAUGUGGCGCAGGAGGAGAGCAGCGAUGCGCUCUGUGAGGACGACUUUGAGAUGUUCAACGAGACGUGGGAGAAGUUUGACGUCGAUGGAACCAUGUUCAUCGAGUACAGCCGGCUCUCAGAUUUCUGUGAUGCCUUGCAGCCGCCACUCAGGGUUGCCAAACCCAACAAGCUCCGUCUGAUUGAAAUGGAUCUGCCCCUCGUCAUUGGGGACCGGAUUCACUGCCUGGAUGUGUUG